CGCAGGAGCGUUAGCACAGUUUCUAUUUCGAGUCUGACUGACCUACGGUACUGUUGUUAGUGUGGCUGUGGUUUGCUAGACUUUAUCAACCCAUAAUGUCUAACAUUCGCCCCAUUUCUCAACAAUUAAAAGAGGUCGCUAAAAGGGAACUCAACGAAGACGAGUCCCAAGUGGACAGCUAUUUAAAAGUGAUCAGAUCGUGGCUAAUCGAGCUGGACCUGCAGUGCAGUCUUGUCGAUGAUCAGUUUUUGGUGGCAUUUUUGCGAGGGUGCAAAUUUAGUCUCGAGAAGGUGAAGAAAAAGAUUCUUCUGUUUUAUCAAACCCGUUCCGAGCUACCACAAAUCAUCCAAAACCGCGAUCCGUUGGGUAGUGAUGUGCUUAGAAUUAUACGCAUGGGUGUGGGGGUCCCAUUGCCAGAAACAGAGAAACCAACGGAUCCGAAAUUAUUCAUAAUACGUGUUGGCUGUUUCGAUGUCAACCAGUGUACAUUUGCUGACAUCAUAAAGGUGGGUACAAUGAUCAACGAUAUUCUGAUGCGCGAUGAUGACCAAAUGGUGAUCUGUGGGAUGGCGCUAAUCAUCGAUCUCAAGGGAGUCACUGCCAACCAUUUGAUGCACUUCGAGAUGGAUCUGUUGCGUAAAGUGGCUAUCUUAAAUCAGGAUGCUUCACCACUGCGCAUGCAAGGCAUCCACAUACUCCAUCCACCGCCUGGAGCACAAACGGCGUUAAACAUUUUCAAUGGACUACUGUCGGAGAAAAAUCAGCACAAAAGAAUUUAUACACACGGGCGAGAUCUGAAAUCACUGUAUCAGCAUUUCUCGCCUGCAAUACUUCCCAAGGAGUACGGCGGUGAUCUGGAAUCGAUCGAUACACUCGCAAAGCAAUGGGAAUUUAAAUUGGCAGACAAUCGCAGUUACCUCUUUGAUAUGGCUUUAUUGACCUCACAUCCUUGUUCUUCGCCAUCCUCGGAAUUGAAAAAUGGUUCCACACAACGCAGCUUCGGAACCGAAGGCAGUUUUAGAAAGCUAGACUUCGACUAGGUGGAAAAACAUUAAUGCAAGUCAAGGUUAUAUUUUGAAUUGAGCGUUGCUUUUUCAAUGGAUUCUGUAAUUAAAAUGUAACACUAUUUAUAUAAUUUAAUUCAGUUCGGCUUCCAAAGAUAGCUAUCUAUUAUUAAAACACAUCGAACUAUGCUUGAUUUUCACAUUUGUGUCAGUACUGAAAAAUCCACAAUCUACACAAGUUGCAUGAGAAGCACGACAAACGAAAAGCUAGACCCUGAUAUGUAAAAUAUACAAGUGACAUAGCCAUGGACUAAAUAUGUGGAAAUUUAUUUAAAAAAACAUGAUAAAUGUCCGGAAUUUGAAUCAACAUCGUUUUUAUGCCGAUUCUCUAUAUUAUCAAAUAUGUUCUUGUUUAUAUCUUGAAAACAGAUACCCGAUAAGUUUCCCAUUUUUUUAUGUUAAA